UGUUCUCAUUUUUUUGUAAACUUUUUACAGAUUAAAAAUCCUCUAAUUCCCACAUACUUCACAAAUCGAGCUCUGUGUUACUUGAAGUUGCAUCAAUGGGAAUUAGCUUGUCAAGAUUGCAGAAGAGCAUUAGAUAUGGACAGCACUUCUGUAAAAGGUCAUUUUUUCCUUGGCCAAGCACUUUUAGAGUUAGAGAGUUAUGAUGAUGCUAUCAAAUAUCUUCAGAGAGCAAGUGAUUUAGCAAAAGAGCAACGACUAAACUUUGGUGAUGAUAUUGCUAGCCAAUUAAGAAUGGCAAAGAAACGUCGAUGGAAUGUUUUAGAAGAACGUAGAAUUCAACAAGAAAUUGAACUACAGACAUAUUUAAAUCAACUUAUCCUAGAAGAUAAAGAAAGAAAACUUUCAAGACUGAAGGAAAAUGGAGUAACUGAUUGCCAAGAAUUACACUUAUUAGAAGAAAAACAAAUGAAAUAUUUAACUGAACUCAACUCUUUAUUUGCAAAAAUUGAUGACAGAAGAAGAAAGCGUGAUGUUCCAGACUAUUUAUGUGGAAAAAUAAGCUUUGAAAUAAUGAGAGAACCUGUGAUAACACCAAGUGGCAUCACUUACGACAGGAAGGACAUCGAAGAACAUUUACAGCGUGUCGGUCACUUUGAUCCAGUGACGAGAACACCUCUCACUCAAGAUCAGCUCAUCCCAAAUCUUGCAAUGAAAGAAGUGGUAGAUACUUUUUUGGGUGAAAAUGAAUGGGCAGUUGACUAUUGAUGACCACUGGUACAUCUAAAUCUUAUUUUUAGCUUUCAUAUCAACAUUCUAUGAAUAUUGAUAUGUAAAGAAAGAACUCGACGGUCAUUUCUACAGCUAAAAUAUUUGAUCGUCACUGACAUCAAAAAAAAAAAAAAAAAAAAAAAACUGGUGCUUUGGAAUUUAUUGAAGUCCAUCCACGUGACAAUCUUUUAUUUCAAGUUAAAGUAAAAAAUAUCUACAGAGAAAAUUUGUCUUCUUCCCCAUGGCAGAUCCCAUUUUUUCAAACGUAGAAUUUUAUUUUAAACAAAAGGAUUUAGAAAUAGAAGGCACAUUGUGGGAGUUGUUCCUGAACAAUUAAAAUAAAAUUGACAAUGCUAUUUUAAAGACAGAAAUCAUGUUUUCACAAAGUUUAAAAAUAUUUUUAAUGGCUCUUCUGGUUACGACAACAAAACAAAAACAUUGUGGCAAAAAUAAAAUUUAUUUUAGAAAAAAAAUCUAAUUAAAAUCUAAUUCACCAAUUUAUUUUGUUUAUUACAAAUAGUGCAAAUCAUAGCACUUAAUUUUCCUUUUGUUCAUGAAUUCAUUCAAUUCCACCAACUUUGCAGAUGGAUUAUGUCAAAAUAAACUGCUAAUUUUGGACAUGUGUUAAUACACAAUAUAAAUUUUGGUAAUUGUAAAGUGUGUAAAAUAAAUUGAUGUACUUAUUAAA